UGGAUUAAGGCAGCCUCUACUGGAGCAGACCUGGGACCCUUCCUGGUCUGGGCAGCUUGGCCAUGUCUGACACGGAAGAAGUCGUGGAAAGCUACGAAGAGGAGCAGGAAGAAGAAGCUGUGGAAGAGCAAGAGGAGCCUGCAGAGGAGGAAUCUGAAGAGACCAAAGAAGAAGAAACAGAACAAGAGGAAGAAGCGAAAGAAGCAGAAGGGCUUUUCUUGUGUCUUGCAGAUGAACCAGUGGAGGAGUCGAAACCAAAACCCAAGCCCUUCAUGCCCAAUCUGGUGCCACCAAAGAUCCCAGAUGGGGAGAGAGUGGACUUUGAUGAUAUCCACCGGAAGCGCAUGGAGAAGGACCUGACGGAGCUGCAGACUCUGAUCGAGGCGCACUUUGAGAACAGGAAGAAGGAAGAAGAGGAGCUCAUCUCCCUCAAGGACAGGAUUGAGAACCGGAGGGCUGAGCGGGCAGAGCAGCAGCGCAUCCGGAAUGAGCGUGAGAAGGAGCGGCAGACACGGUUGGCGGAAGAGAAAGCGCGGCGGGAGGAGGAGGAGAACCGGAGGAAGGCUGCAGACGACGCCAGGAAGAAGAAGGCCUUCUCCAACAUGCUGCACUUCGGCGGCUAUAUCCAGAAGGGCAAGACGGAGAGGAAAGGCGGGAAGAAGCAGACAGAGCGAGAGAAGAAGAAGAAGAUCCUGGCAGAGAGAAGGAAGGUUCUGGCUAUCGACCAUCUGAAUGAAGAUCAGCUGAGGGAGAAGGCCAAAGGCCUGUGGCAAAGCAUUUACAACCUGGAAGCGGAGAAGUUCGACCUGCAGGAGAAACUCAAGCAGCAGAAGUAUGAGAUCAAUGUUCUCCGGAACCGGAUAAACGAUAACCAGAAAGUCUCCAAGACUCGAGGAAAGGCUAAAGUCACCGGGCGCUGGAAGUAGUAGUCCUGACUGGGCCUGGAAGGGCCUGGUGGGCCCAGUUCCUUCCCCCUCCCCGGGCUGAGGGAGGAGAGAAGACUGAGAGCUGACACCUCCCUAAUCACAUUGAUCCUAUAGGCCACUUCACCCCCACGCCCCCUUUUCUGGUGCUGCCUCCCCGCACCUCAGCCCAUCCCCGAGUGUCCAAGUGGGGUCCGGAGCACUGAGCCGAGAUGGGCCCGUGGCUACAUCUUGUCAGAGCUCUUGAGCCUGUAAAUAAAAAUCAACGCAGUCAAACGGC